AUGAUAAUAUAUAAAAUUUUGAUUUAUUUAUUAGUUUUGAAAUCAAAUGGAUGUAAGAUAAGGGGGAUAUUGUAGACUCGAAAAUCUUUUCCUGCAAAUAAUGUAGUAGUUUCAUUCAAAAAGAGUGAAACGAUUAGUAAUAAAUAAGGAGAAUUUGAAUUAGAGAUAGAUAAUAAUACAGUAGAAGGAGAGUUAAGUUUUAAUUUAGCAGAUUAAUAUAAAAUGUAAAUGAAUAUAAAGAGAUCUGAUUGUCCUAUAGAUUUAGGGAUAAUAAUAUUAGACAAUAAAAAGAGUGUGAAAACUAGUAUUACAGGUUGUAUAAUAAAAAGUGAUAAUUUAUAAGCAGUUUCUGAUAGUAGUAUAAAAAUAAUAUAUGAUUAACCAACAUUAUUAGAUAUAUAGGAAGUGAAGACAGGAGAGGAUGGAUGUUUUUUAGCUUAAAAUAAGUUAAUGAAAUUGUUAAUAUAUUAAGCAUCAAUAUCAAUUAAUUUAUAGGGUUAUUUAUCUUAAUAAUUAAUUGUUUAAUUAUUUGAUCAAUAUAUUGCAGAUAUUGGAUAGAUAGAAUUGAAACCAAAUUACUAUGUUGUUAAUUUAUAAAUAAAUAUCAAUAGGAAUUGUUAAUAAAAUGAAACAAAGAUAUAGAAUAAGAAUGCAGUAUAGAUAUCUUUUUCAUGUGGAAUAGAAUACAAGGAUUAAUUUAUGACAUAGAAGGAUAUUAAUUAGAUAAAAUUAGAUUAAGCAUUCAAAGUUGGAUAUUAGUACACUUGUGGUAUAAUGGCAAUGAAUCCAAAUUGUGGAAUAUUGUAUUCAAUAAUAAAAGUAAAAGAGGAAGCAAAUAUAACAACAGAUAUGGGUUUCAGUCCUUAAGAAAUAAAAAAGAAAAAGGUUUUAUCAAGUACAAAAUUCACAGGGAGAGUAUUAGAGAUGGAAAGUUUAUCAUGUAUAGAUAGAGUUAUGGAUGCAAUAUCUGAUGUUAAGAUUUUAUAUUAUAUCGAAUUCACUUAGAAAUAAUUGAUAAAUUCAACAUUGAGUGAUAAGGAUGGAUAUUUUAAUUUAUAUGCUGAGAAUCCAUUGAUAAAUGGAUAAUUUAAUGGAAUAUUUAUAUUUUAGAAGGAUGGAUAUUUAUCUAAUGAAGUAGAUAUAACUUAUAAUACAAUGAAUAAAGAUUAAGAAUAUUAGAUAGGAACAAUAGAAUUAAUAAAUAUGAAUGGAUUAAAGGAAUGUUGA